GCACUGCUGGACAGCCUAAACAAGGAGGGCACGUGGAGCUGUGCAGCUGGGGGGAGCUGUGGUCACACCAACACCUGGGGUUGGGCUGGGUCUGCGUGGAGCCCCAGAGAUGUCCCCCAGCCCAUUCCUCCCAAGAACCAAUGAGGAAAACUAAGGGCCUUUCACCCGUAGUCAGGGAACCAGGCCCUGGGGUGAAGCUUGGGGUGGAAGAUGGCCUUCUCUGUCAACUGAUUCAUUCUCCAGAAUUCAACUUGUUCUCUGGCUCAGCGGUGUUCGAAAGCAACUUUAUCCAGGUCACUAAGUCCGGGACCAGGAUGGAUAUCUGCGGAAGACCUGCUGCCAUGAUCCUGGGGGUGACCUCUUCAGUGCCCUCCUUGCCACUCCCUAAUGUCCUCCUGAUGGCCAAUGUCACCUGGCCACACGGUCACUGUUCCACCUGUAACAAGCCUGGAGCUGUCCCAGUCAUCACCCUCAACAGGAUCCUCCCCCUGAAGUACGUGGAGCUGCGGAUCUGCGACCGGCUCCAGCGCAUCCUGAGGGUCAGGACAGUCACCGAGAAGAUCUACUACCUGAGGCUCCACGAGAAACACCCGGAGGCCGUGUUCCAGUUCUGGAUCCGCCUGGUGAAAAUCCUGCAGCACGGUCUGUCCAUCACCACCAAAGACCCAAGAAUCCAGUUCACCCACUGCCUCGUGCCCAAGAGGCCCAGCAGCUCCCCGGAAGCAACACCCGAGAGCAGCUUCCCGUCAUCCUCCCAGCCCAGCGAGACCCUCAUGCUGCUGGCGGCCGAGCAGACCAGCGGCAGCUUCUCAGAACUCUCCGGAAGGGCCCAGUUCACAGCCGACAGGAGCAUCACUCCCACCAUCGACAUAGCCGAUUCCAACAGCUGCGACUCCGUGCCCUCGCUGGUGGCAUCGCAGGUCCACCUGAACAUCCCCAUGAGGGCCGCCCUGAGCCACAGCCUCUGGGAACAAGAGGACCCGGAUGAGCACCGCAUGCAGGCUCCAGUAGCCAGUUCCCUAGGACAGAACUUUCUGGGACCCUGACACUUUGCCCCCGCGGGGCGGCGGUCUUCCCUGGCUCUUGAUGGUGUUUAUAACAGGUGCUUCCAUACGUCCACCAAUAAACCUCCAAGGGAG